AUGGAGGAAACACUGAACCCGAGGAAGGUUGGACCAUCCCACGAUAGGGUCGAGCAUAAAAGACAGCAUGACUCGAGCCCCCAUCAAGAACCACCUCGGAGUAAACAGAGACAAGGGGCUUCCCCGACGUCAUUCACACGUUUAAACACAUCGAAAACAAACAUUUUGAUGGAGAUCAAGGAUAUGAAGGAGCUCAAAUGGCCUGCGAGAAUGAGGUUACCCCCCCAGUCCAGGGACAUGAGCAAAUACUAUGAGUUUCAUCGGGAUCACGGACAUACCACUGAAAACUGUAAAGCCCUGCAACGGGAAAUUGAAGCCCUUAUUAAAAGGGGACUUCUGGGUUCCUACAUUGGUAAUGACAAACGCCCGAAGAAUGAUGGUGGUCGGGACAGAGCCCCUGAAGCAAAGCGGGAUGGUCAACCCACUGCUGGAAUCAUCAACAUCAUUGUCGGGGGUAUUGCAUCAGGAGGAGAUUCUAACACUGGGAGGAAGCAGUAUGCCCGACAAUACAUGACAACCCCGAAAGCACAUCAUGAUGACCUCGAGGACAUAACAUUUGGUAUGAAGGAUCUUGAGGGCGUGUCGUUUCCUCAUGAUGACGCCCUAGUCAUCUCUGCAAUAGUAGCAAACUUUGAGGCAAAGAGGAUCUUAAUCGACAACGGAAGUGCUGCUAACAUAUUGUCACAUGAGGCCUUCACAAAAAUGGGAAUCUCUCCCGAACAACUGAAGACAGUGAAAACCCCCCUUCAAGGAUUUGGGGGGAUUGUUCGGUCUUCCAUAGCAUACAACGCCAUCUUGGGUAGACCAUUGCUCAAUAAGGUAAAAGCUAUUGUCUCCACCUUCCACCUCGCCAUGAAGUUCCCCACCAGUCAUGGUGUCGGGGUGGUACGCAGAAACCAAGCUGCUGCCAGACAAUGCUAUGUCACCUGUGUCAGGGAAAUAAAGACAGACAUCAUGCAAAUCUCAAAAAAGGGGGAAGAGUUCGAGAACAACGGGAGACUCGCUCCAGUGGAGGAGCUGUUGGAGAUAGAGCUCGAGCUAGGGAAGAAAGUCAGGGUUGGUCGAGAUCUGAGUACGGCCCUCAUGACCGAACUUAUUGAUUGCUUAUCCCGCAACAUUGAUGUCUUCGCAUGGAAGGUGGAUGAUAUGCCUGGCAUCGACCCCGAGGUUGUAGUACACAUGCUCAACACUAAGCCCAGAACUCAUCCAGUUAAGCAAAGAAAGAGGCAGUUUGCACCGGAACGACGACAGGUCAUAAACGAAGAAAUUAAUAAACUAAUCAAGGCUCAGUUCAUCCGCGAGGUCAAUUAUCCUGACUGGCUCACCAAUGUCGUCCUGGUAAAAAAGGCUUGUGGUAAGUGGAGAGUCUGCAUUGAUUUUACAGACCUCAAUAAAGGAUGCCCAAAAGACAGCUACCCCCUACCUCGAAUUGACGAUUUGGUGGAUAGUACGUCGGGACACAAAUUAUACAGCUUCUUGGAUGCAUUCUCGGGUUACCAUCAAAUUCUUAUGACCGAGGAAGAUCAAGAGAAGACAUCAUUCAUGGCCGAUUCUGCCAUAUACUACUAUAAAGUCAUGCCGUUUGGUUUGAAAAAUGCAGGAGCAACAUAUCAAAGACUUGUCAAUAAAGUUUUUGCAGGAAUGAUCGAGAGAAAUAUUGAGGCCUGUGUUGAUGACAUGGUUGUAAAGAGCAAGAAAGUGGGCCACCAUGUAAGUGAUCUCGAGGAGGUGUUCGCCACGCUGCAUAAGUACAGAAUGAAGCUGAAUCUGAAAAAAUGUGCAUUUGGCGUUGCCUCGAGAAAGGUCUUGGGUUUCAUGAUCACUCACAGGGGAAUCGAAGCCAACCCAGACAAAAUAAGGGCGUUGGCAUCAAUGGAGUCACCUAAAACCAAGAAGGAGGUACAGAAAUUAACAGGCCGUGUUGCAGCCCUCAACAGGUUCAUGUCCCGCGCAGCCGAUAAAUGCUUCCCCUUCUUCAAAGUCCUCAGGGGAAAUCGAAAUUUUGAAUGGGAUGAGGAAUGUGAAAGGGCUUUUCACGAACUUAAGGAAACACUGGCGUCCCCUCCUAUCCUCACUAAACCCGAGCAUGGUGAUACUCUGUAUUUAUACUUGGUCGUAUCCCAGAAUGCCGUAAGCGGCGUGCUAGUGAAAGAAGUUAACAAGGCCCAGCAACCCAUAUACUACGUCAGUAAGGUCUUGCUCGAUGCAGAGACAAGAUAUACUUUGGCAGAACAGUUUGCUCUUGCGUUGGUUAUGGCAGCACGAAAGCUCAGACAAUAUUUUCAGUCUCACCCCAUAGUUGUGCUCACUAAUCAACCCCUUAGGCAUAUACUACAAAAACCCGACGUUUUCGAUAGGUUACUAAAGUGGGCAAUUGAACUGGGAGAAUUUGACAUCGAGUAUAAAUCCGGACCAUCUAUCAAGGUGCAAGCCUUGGCUGACUUUAUUGCAGAACUUACCCCAAAGCCUCGGGGGCCAGGGGAUAACUCGGACAAUCAUAUUUCAAACACUUGGAACAUCUUUGUUGAUGGAGCAUCCAACUCGUCGGGUUCCGGAGCCGGGGUUAUCAUCACGAGCCCUGACAAAAUCGUGGAUAUUCAAUGCGCACUCAGGUUUGAGUUUGAAGCUACCAACAACGAGGCCGAAUAUGAGGCCGUCAUUAUCGCUCUUGAGCUUGCUCGAAAUCUUGAGCUCGAGCAUCUUAAAAUUUUCAGCGAUUCUCAGCUUGUGGUCGGUCAGAUAGAAGGUACAUUUGAAAGCAAGGAGGAGAAGAUGAGUUUGUAUUGUCUAAAAGUUCAUGAUCUCCAGCGACAAUUCAAGAGUUGCGAAAUCAUAAAAAUUCCGCGUGCUGAUAAUGGUAAAGCUGAUGCAUUAUCUAGACUGGUAUUCAUGGGAAUCGAUGGGCUAGAAAGGACAGUCCACGUGAAAUUGGUAAUGGAGCCCAGCAUCACUCAGGGAGUUGGGGUCAUGGACAUUGUUCAUGAGCCGUCAUGGAUGGACCCAAUUGCAGAGUUCAUAAAUAAUGGAAAUUUACCUGAGGACCCCAGACUUUUGAGGUCUAUAAGAUCUCGGGCAUCUAGAUGCCUUAAACCCUCGGAAUCAGCCCGAGCUCUAGCUGAAGUUCAUGAAGGUGUAUGUGGGAAUCAUCAAGGAGCUCGGGCCUUGGCAUUCAAGCUUAUAAGGUAUGGGUACUACUGGCCCACCAUGAAGAAAAAUGCCUCUGAAUAUGUCAGAAGAUGCGACAAAUGCCAGAGGUUUGCCAACGUCAUCCAUUCUCCAGCUGAGGACCUCACAACAAUAACAUGUUCGGCUCCUUUUGAGCAGUGGGGAAUUGAUAUCCUCGGGCCUUUUCCGCUGGCAAGAGGACAAUUAAAAUUCAUGGCAGUGGCAGUAGAAUACUUCACGAAGUGGGCAGAAGUAGAACCUUUGGCAAUAAUUUCAGAGCCCAAACUUAGAGCUUUUGUAUGGAAAUCUAUUGUCUGUAGGUUCGGGAUACCAAAGGUCCUCAUAACUGAUAAUGGACGACAAUUUGAUAAUGUACAAUUCAGAAGUUUCUGCACCAACCUAGGGAUUGACCAUCGACUCACAUCGGUUUCGCACCCUCAAAGCAAUGGUCUAGCCGAGGUCACAAAUCGGAUUAUUUUGCAAGACCUCCGGACAAGACUCGGGGAUGCCAAAGGCUCUUGGUCCGAGGAGCUCCCCUCAAUACUCUGGACGUACAGAACUUCGCAUAAAACAACGACGGGUGAAACCCCUUUCAUGCUAGCAUUUGGCAUUGAGGCCACCAUCCCAGUUGAAAUCAGUCUUCCCAGCCCAAGGAGAAUGAUGCCCGAUUCUCUGGAGCAUACAACAGAACAUUUGGAUCUCCUCGAGGAAGUUCGGGAACAAGCAGCACUAAGAGUAGCCUCUUACCAAAGCAGAGUGGCAAGGCAUUUUAAUAGCCGGGUCAGAUCUUGGAGGUUCAGGGCUGGAGACCUCGUGCUGAGGAAGGCCGAAGCUGCUGGUCAUGCUCUCGGAAAGCUCGGGCCAAUUUGGGAAGGACCAUUCGAAGUCAUACGGCAAAUCAGAAGAGGGUCUUACAGCCUAAAUGAUGCCUCGGGUAGACCUCUUCCAAGGCCUUGGAAUGCCGAUAAUCUGAAAAUAUAUUACAAGUAG